CUCCGAGAAGAUUUCAUUCACUUCAUAUUUCCCAAAAUCCCUUUCACGGUUUCACCGCCUGCAGAGUAAUUAUCCCGUCCGCCCAGCCGACUUCUCUCAUUCGCCUUCCCUCUCAACCACUCCGUAGCAUUUCGAGUCGAUUCGUCGGAGAAGAAGAAGAAGAAGAAGAAGAAAACGAUGGCAGAUCCAAGCCACCUGGAGAAGAUGGGUAGAGAGCUCAAGUGCCCUAUCUGCUUGGGAUUGUUGAAUUCGGCGGUAUCGCUCUCCUGCAAUCAUGUGUUCUGCAACUCCUGUAUUUCGAAAUCGUUGAAGUCCCAUUCCAAUUGCCCGGUCUGCACACUGCCGUAUCGGCGGAGAGAGAUCCGUCCUGCUGCACAUAUGGAUAACUUAGUGAGCAUAUACAGAAGCAUGGAAACUGCUUCUGGGUUCAAUAUACUUGUGACUCAGACAGCUCCAACAGCCAAAUCUCCAGAUAAAGUAAAGCAAUCUGGAGAUGACACAAUUAGUGGUACAGAAGAUACUCAUGGUGUUGCUGAGGAGGAAAAAGUUGGGAACCGAAACCUUAAAAGAGGGAAAGGAUCAAAGAAGAGAAGUACAAGAAAGACUAAGGAUGUUUCUGGUCCUGCAACUGCAAAGCCUUCCUUCCCAACCAAGAAGAGAGUUCAGGUGCCACAGUAUCCUCUUUCUGAAACCCCGAUCAGGGGUCAGAAAGUGGAAAUUGGAUUGAGCGAUUUCGUUAAUCAUGUUGUUAAGAGCAAUCCAGUGGUCUCAGAUGAGAAAGCUGCUACCGAUGAAAGUGGGGAGCUGGUGCUUUCACCUCUCUUCUGGUUGAGGGAUGAAAGCCCUGAGAGGUCGAGUACACCUGUUGAAGAUGAUGAAUUUCUCAGUUUAACGCCUCUCAGUACUCCGCAGUUUAGUGACAUGAAGGAUUCAAGUGACAGUGAAUCCAUAAGUUUGUCGCCAACUGGAAAAGUAGCUCGUAGUUCAGAUUUUGCUGAUGAUUCUGAAAGUGAGCUGUUUAGAUGUACACAAAAACCUAGCCCAGCUGAUACUUUCUCGACUCCCCUUGAGAUGCAGGGUGAGUACACUGACAAAGUUGAUCCGUCUUUCAAAGGAGCAAAUAACGCUCUGAAGACUACAUCCUGUACCGGAGACGACAAUAACUGUAUCACAACAGUCAAUAGAAAACCCACUAAGAGACUUGGGCGUGCUUCUGGUGGGAUUUUGAGAAGAUGUAAUGAAAUGAAUGGUGGCAGGACUUUGAAUAAGCUUGGUGCUCCAACUAUGGAAUCCGGCAAGCUUGGUCGAAGAAAAGUAUGUGGUAGAAAGAAUAUUUCCACAAGUUUGGAAAGGCUCGAGAAGACUAAUACGGGUACUUCUCCAGUUGAGUCAGAACUUGGAAGUAGUCCUACCGUUGCAGAAGAAGCUAUCAGCCUAGCUGAUGAUGAUCUGGUGGAUGGAUGGGGUACUUCAAUUAGUCAAACCCAAGUUCGUGAUAGAAAUCAUCAAUCCCAGAAAACUAGAAAAGUACUUAGUGAGAGGUUUUGCCAAUCAGAUUACUCUACAAGGUUGAAAAAGCAGAAGCUGGAGUCUGAAGAAAUUAGCAUGCCAGUUGAAGUUUGUGAAAACAGCAACAAAAUAGGUCAAGGGAAACCACGUCGUGUAUCCUUUUCAACAGUGAACAUAAUUGGCGAGACAAGUGUUGCAGAUGUGAACAAGAAAUUUGCUGAACAAGGUAAAAGGUCCGUUAAUCAGGAGGAUCAUACCAAGAUAUCUGAAAGGGACACACAAUUCCUUGAAGGGGUUCAAGAUAGUCAUAGAGGCAGAAAGAGGAAAACAAGUGUGCCAGAACUGAGAGAUGGUACUAUUUCUGGUACUCAAGAAAAUGUAAAGCGGUCUGGUGAGGCAGUGAUGGAUAAAUUGGCCGUUUCAUUUAUUGAACUCCAAUGGUCCCACGACCUAGGAAAGAGAACUGGGAAAAUGUUGAGGAAGGAGAUCUGCAAAACUGAUUGCCCUGUAAAGUUGAAGAAACUGACCAAGGAUUGUAAUGAAGUCAAACAGGCAACUCCAGAGGGUACAGAGAGGAGGGAAAUUCAGGAAGAAAAACAUCCUACAGUACCAUCUGGCGAAGUUCAUGCAUUUAAUGAAAAAAGUGUUUCUGAUGUGAACAAGAAAACGAGUAAACAUGGUGGAACACAAUGCAACAAACUGGUUCAAGACAACUGCAGGGGCAGUUUUAUUAAACAGGAAAGCCUACAAUGUGCUUUCUGUCAUUCUCCAAAAGUCUCAGAGGCUUCAGGGGAGAUUGUUCAUUAUUUCAAUGGUAAGCCUGUAGCUGCAGAUCAAGUUGGUCAGUCCAAGGUCAUACAUUGCCAUAAAAGUUGUGCAGAAUGGGCACCUAAUGUCUAUUUUGAGGACGAUGUAGCAGUUAAUCUUGAAGCUGAAUUAGCUAGAAGUAGAAGAAUAAAAUGCAGUUGUUGUGACCUCAAGGGUGCUGCUCUUGGGUGUUAUGAGAAAAGUUGUCGCAAGAGUUUCCAUGUCACUUGUGCCAAGUUGAUCCCCGAAUGUCGGUGGGAUACUGAUAACUUUGUCAUGCUGUGUCCUAUUCAUUAUUCUGCUAAGUUGCCCAAUGAAGAGCAAGGUUCUCAGUCGAGAAAUACAGAUCACUGCCGUGAAAGACCAAAAUCAACCAAGUGCAAACACGUUUCUGAUGGGGGUUUCAGUAGAUCUCGCAGUUCUGAUUCGUGCUUCAUACCUGACAAGUUGGUCCUUUGCUGCUCAGCUCUCACAGAUGCGGAGAGGAAAAUUGUAUCAGAGUUUGAGAGAACAUCUGGAGCCAAAAUUCUGAAGAAAUGGGAUCCCAGCGUUACCCACGUCAUUGCUUCAUUGGAUGAAAACAGAGCAUGCAAAAGAACUGUCAAAACCUUAAUGGGCAUUUUGUUGGGGAAGUGGAUCCUCAACAUUGACUGGAUCAAGGCCUGCAUGACUGCCAAGAAAAUUGUUGAGGAGGAGCAAUACGAAAUCAACGUCGACAUUCAUGGCAUCAAGGAUGGUCCUCGAAUUGGAAGACUAAGAAUUCUUAACAAGCAACCAAAGAUUCUUGAUGGUUUCAAGUUCUACUUCAUGGGAGACUUCAUACCCUCUUACAAGGGAUAUCUACAAGACAUAAUCACUGUCGCUGGAGGCACCAUAUUGCACAGAAAGCCAGUCCGUGAAUUCUCAGAAACCACUUCACCUUCUUCAACCUUGGUCAUCUACAACUUGGAGCUCCCUGACAAAGGUAACUCGAGGAAGAAAGAUUCCAUUCUUACCGAGAGGCGAAUGGAUGCAAAGGCGCUGGCUGACUCCACAGGUGCCAUAGCAGUGAGCAACUUAUGGGUUUUGAACUCCAUUGCCGCCAGCCAGCUUCAACCAUUUCCCUGACCAACAUUAUCUGAGUUUUAGAGUUUCUGAAACUUUAAAUCAUAGCUAUUAGUUAUUGUGGGAUCUCAGCUAUCUGUACAAAAAUGAAAGAACUGUUUCAUUCUGAUUUUGGAACUGUGCAAAGCUUAAUGUCUUAUGUUACAGAGAGCCUGGAAUGAUACACAACUAAACUGUCUGAAACUAGGCCAAUUACAGAAGCAAACCAAGAAGGAUUGCACUCAUGGGCGACCAUGGUGGUGGGAAGAAGAAGAAGAAGGAGCUGGUUUACUCCCAUGCUGGCCUCUCUUCUCCUCCUCUUUCAAGAUCUUCACCUUGAACUGCACAAACAUCUUCUCCAGGGCACGAAUCUCCCCUUCAAUAUCCACCGGUUCAUCCUCCCUGUUAUCCAGCUUCUGUUUCAACCUCCGAAUCCUCGCCAGACCCGCCGCCGUUUCCUCCUCCACCGCUGCUCGCAGCGCCGAGCACUCCUCCUUGGCUCCCUUGUACUUCCUCUUCAGAGCCCUGUAGCUGUCCAGCGACUUCAGCAGUUGGUCGGAGAGCUGCUCGUUCCGAUCCAGCAGCACGGCGUUGCUGCUGUCGUUGUUCCCUGCCUGACAUUCCCCUGUCAAUCCGCCGGAGGCCUGGAGCUUGGACGUCAAGGUUUCGUUCUGAGCUUUGAGAAGGUUGACGAGCUCCUCCAUCUCGCUGAGCUCGCUCACCCUCCUGGCCAGUUGGGAAACCAUGAUCUCCUUCUCUUUCCCCAAGCUCGAGCACAGCAUCUCCAGGCUCUUCCUCGCCGCCUUGCACGAGCUCAGCUGUUUCUUCAGCUUCUCCUUGUCGUCGGUCAUGGCUGCCGUCUCCGGCGCCUUCUUCUCGGCGGUGCCGGCGGCCCCUCCUCCUCCGCGAUUCGGCCUGAGAUCCGUGUUGCACCGCCGCAGCUGGGCAACCCUUUUCUUCGAAUUGGACUGGGAUCUCUCCAGCCGGGCUUUAAUGUCGUCGAGGAUGGUGAUCAUCCCGGCGACCCUCUGGGUUUUCCGGUCGUCGAACUCUCUGGCGCUCGCCUCAUUGUGAUCCCGAAUAACUUUCAGAAGCAGCUUCACGUUUGCCGCGAUCCCUGCCGGACAAAACCCAGAAGCCGAUUACGGUGACAUUCACAAAUUCACAAUCAAAUUACGCAAAACGAAAGGAUCGAAGCCUCUCACCUUCUAAGCUAUAAUCCUGAGAGGGUUGUUGGGGUUGGCUGAUCGUCGAAGGAGGGUUCUGGUUAAUAGCUACGGCGGCAGCAUUCACCAAUUCCGGCGACGAAAAUGCCCGCAGCCGACUGUCCAUUGAAAUCGAUUUCAGGGGGAAGAAAGGAUGUUCGUUUCCUUAAGCUGCACGCAUUAAACCAGAACGGAAUGGGGAAGAGCAAUGGAAAGGAAAUGAGAAAUCCGAAUUAAAGAUGGAUUAAUGUAAUUUGUAACAUUAAUCGUCCUGGAAAUGUUGAGAGAGAGAUUGAAGGAAGAGAGGCUGCAUCAUUGGCGCACUCUCUCUCUCUGUGAUUCGUUUCCUUCUUCCCCUUUUCCUUGGGUUUGUUUUUAGGGUUCCUGAUCUCUUUUUCUUGUUUGUAGGUGUGUUUUAGGGUUAGUCUGUUUUUCCUUUUUAAUUUUGCCGUUGGUUAGG